GGGAGCGUAGCCUUGGGGCGAAAUCGGGGUUAGGGUUGGCAGCCAAACUGCGUUCGGAAACACGUCUCCAAGUCUCAACCUCCAACACUCGGGCGCUGGACGCUGGGAAAAACUGCCAAUUCAUCAGUUCACCUCAUUGCAUAUAACGCACGCACGAACGAGCCCUGUCUCUCGUCCCUCGGCCGCUCCUUCUCACACUGAAUUACUCAACGGCCUUGGUGUUGGAAAAUGGCUACCCACCACGACCCAUACACCGCCCCAAAUCAUCACGACGGUUCCUACGAUGACUUGCCCGGGACGAGUCCGGCCGCCUACGACGAGGACGACAUCGAGUCGGCAGAGGAUAGGAUAGAGCGGGAGAACGCUCCUUCAGGGGUCGACUACUACGCCGUUCUAAACGUAGAGCGAACGGCUUCCGAAGAAGACAUCAAGAACGCCUACCGGCGGCUAGCCCUUGUCUUCCACCCGGACAAGAUCCACUCUUCAGAAGACAAGGAAGCCGCCGAACACAGGUUUGCACAAAUACAGAAAGCCCACGAUGUGCUAGGCAAUACCGCCAAACGCCACAUAUACGACACAUACGGCGCCGAGGCCGCCGAAACGUCAUGGGAGAUUGGCACCCGAGGCCAAACCCAGGAAGAGAUCCGCGCUGAGUACGACCGUCGGACGCGGGAGCAGCAGGAGAUUGCGGCGGAGGCGCUUUCGAAUUCUAAAGGAGAGAUCCGCCUCAGUCUUGAUGCCUCGCAGAUAUUCGACCCGCAGGUCCGAAGGUCGCGGCAACGGUUAAGACGGCUGCCACUAGGUCGAUUUGAGCCCAUACCCGAUGAGCAAGAGUCGAGAGGGUUCGCAGAUCUGUUGCAUUGGCCGGAGGUGACGCAGGCGAAUGUGAAGCAUGCGUGGGAGACGCAGAUUACGCAGCAGACGGGCCUGACGGUGACCGGAGAUGUGUUGGCGAGGAAUGGGAUAGGAGUGGGCAAUGUCAUGGGCACCUUGAGGCACUUCGUCAACCCGAUGCUUUGGGGAGAGGUCACUGGGACGCUGGGCCAGAGCCCGAUGUUGCAGUGCCGGGUGGUCAAGAACCUCACUGCUGAGAGCUUCGUCACCGUCAUAGCCACCAGCACCACCCUCUCCGCCCCACCAACCCUCAUAACCUCCCUCGGUCGCAAACUCACCAAAACAACAACAGGCUCCAUCACCUUCCACACCGGCGAAUUCGCCCUCCUGUCCUGGGGCAAAAACCAAGACCUCCACCAACAACCCGCUACCACCCUCUCCCUCAACCGCCGCAGCCCCACCUCAACCAACACCUGGUCCCUCGACCUGCACGCGGGCCUCGCCUCCUCUCAUAUCUCCCUCGGCUACUUCCGCACCCUCCAACGCACCAUCCGCGCCCGCGCCUCCCUCGCCCUCUCCACAACAGCAGGCCUGCAAGCCUCCCUCUCCGCCGACAAGAAACUCACCAAAUACACACGUCUGGGAUUGGGCGUGGAUUGCGCUUCACUGGGAGGCGUCACCUUCCGCGUCAAACUCGCCCGCCUUGGCCAAAAAUUCACCCUUCCUAUCAUCCUCACCCCGCAAUUCGACCUCAAACUCGCGCUGUACGCCACCCUCAUCCCCCUCUCGGCCGCCGUGGCAGUCGAUACGCUGUACAUCCAACCCCGCCGCGCACGCCGCCUCGCCGAGAAACUGACACAGGUUCGCGAAAACAACCGCGAGAUCUUCGAACGCCGUAAGAAAGAGGCGGAGGAUGCUGUGCGGAUCAUGAGGGAGGCGGUGAGCCGGAAGGUGGAUGCGGAGGAACUGAAGGAGGGGUUGGUUGUUGUCAGCGCGGUUUAUGGGAAGCUGGGCGGGGAUGCUACGGGGUCUUUGAGGGAUCUGUUUGGCGGGUUGGCGGCGAGUGGCGCGCCGAUGACGGAUACGGUGACUCAACUCCCACCGGACUGUAUCGACGUGACCAUCGCGGUGCAAGCCCUCGUCAACAAUUCUCAGUUGCAUAUCAGCGGCGGCCAUUCCAAGGCGAACCUGAUCGGCUUCUACGACCCCUGCUGGGGCGAACCCAAACGGCUGCGCGUCACCUACCGGUUCCAGGGCAAGCUCCAUCGGAUCGAUGUGGAUGACACGGCAGCCUUGGCGGCGCCUUUGCGAGCGCAUAUCGUGUCGGAUUUGAACGCGGCGGCCGUGAAAUCUACCUAACCGCGGAAAUCGACGGUUGGAAAAAAAAAUCGGCCCCGCGGCUCCUGUGGGAAGCCAAAACCGGACCCCCACGAUCGACACAAACCCAUCACCUCCUCACGCAGGAAAUAGGACACCGGGCCGUCGUGGUCGCUUGUCCGCUGGCGUGCACAUAUGGAAUCGGCAGGGCCGGAAAGAACGGCGGAACACGGGCCUGGCCUGCGACCAUACAUACUCACAUACUAUCAUACACACCCUGCGACAUACGGCUGUAUACACACCCACAUAAAUAUUUCUUUUUUUUUGCAUAGCAAGUAGACAAGUA